AUGAAAGGAGUUUUAUUAAAAGGAUUAAAUAAUAUAGUUUUUAGUAAUUGUUUGAAAAAACCAGUUUUGCAAAAGAACAUAUAUUCUAAAGAAAAAAAUGAUUUAUUAAUAAGAGUCUCUGCUGUUGGUAUUAACAGAAUAGAUAUUUUAAUAAAACAAAAUAAAUACUUAUCUUUUCCCAAAGAAAAAAGUUUAGGUAUAGAAAUAAGUGGAAUAGUAGAGGAAUCUAAUUGUGAACGGUUUCGAAAAAAUGAUAAAGUGUGCUCACUUUUAAAAUAUAACGGAUACAAUGAAUAUGUACUAGCUAAUUCUGAUCAUACGAUUAAAUUAGACAACUCCUUAUCCAUUAUUGAAGGAGCAAGUUUACUAGAAAGUUUCUUAACAGCAUAUAAGUUAAUUUAUUUUAUUGCCAGAUUUCCUAUGAUCAAUGAGAAUUUCACAGGAGAAAAAAGCACUACUAUAAACAAUGGAAGUAUAGGAUUAAGCAGCAAUAAUAAUAACUUAAAUUAUGAUGAAGAAUUUAUAAAAAAAGAAAAAUGUAAAAGUAUUAAUCGAUUAUAUGAUAAUUAUUUUGAAAAUGAAGAAGUAAAUGUUUUAGUAUACGGUUCUUUAAGUAGUGUCGGUGUAAAUUUAUUACAACUAUUAAAUUUUGAGAAAAAAAGAAAUAUUAUUAAAAUUAAUAAAAUAAUUGCAGUAACUUCAAAUGAAAUAAAAGCGAAAAAAGCUUUAGAAUUAGGUGCAACUGACUAUGUUUUUCAUAAUAAUGAAAAUUUUACUGAUAAUAUAUUAAAAAUAUCAAAAAAAAUUAAUUUAAUUUUUGAUUGUGUUGGAAAGAGUAUGUUUGAAAAUAAUUUGAAAAUAUGUGCUCCAGACACAAAAUGGAUUUUAUAUGGCUUAUUAGGGGGAGCAAAGAUUUUGAAAUUUAAUUUAUUUCAUUUAAUAAAUAAAAGAAUACUUUUACUUAACUCUACCCUUUAUGAUAGAAGUGAUUCAUACAAAAAAAAUUUAAUAAAGUCUUUUGAAUAUAAUUUAAUACCAUUGUUGAAAAAAAAAAUUUUGAAAUGUUAUAUUCAUGAAGUAUUAAAUAUUGAAAAUAUUGAAAAAGCACAUUAUAUUAUUGAAAACAACUUAAAUAUUGGUAAAGUUGUUUGCACAUUUUGA